GUUCGAUCUCUGGCAUCUCGAACACUGACAGCCAUGUCCUGCGCCGCAUCCUCACGCAUCCCCGCCAACGGCGACGACGGCACGCGCGACCUCGUGCGCGAGAAGUACGCGACUGCCGUGACGGCCGCGACCGCGACCGCGCCCGCGUCCGGCGACGCCUCGUGCUGCGGCUCCAAGGCCACCGCACUCUCCGGCACGGACCCGAUCACGCGCAACCUCUACUCUACGGACGAGACGUCGGUGCUGCCGCCCGACGCCGUCCUCGCCUCCUUUGGAUGCGGGAACCCGACGGCGCUCGCAUCCCUCGCGCCCGGCGAAACGGUGCUCGACCUCGGCUCGGGCGGCGGCAUCGAUGUGCUUUUGAGCGCGCGGCGUGUUGGCCCCACCGGCCGCGCAAUCGGGCUCGAUAUGACGCCCGAAAUGCUCGCGCUGGCGCGCAAGAAUGCCUCUACAGCCGGCGUGGAAAACGUCGAGUUCCUGCAGGGCAACAUUGAGAGUAUCCCCCUCGACAACGGGAGCGUGGACGUCAUCAUCAGUAAUUGCGUUAUCAACCUCAGCCCGGACAAGGACGCGGUGCUCGCCGAAGCCGCACGCGUUUUGCGCCCCGGAGGCCGCUUCGCCGUCUCCGACAUCGUGCUUACUCGCCCUCUGCCGCCUGCCACGCAGAAGAACCUCGAGCUCUGGGCCGGGUGUAUCGCCGGCGCGCUGACGGAGAGUGAGUACCUCGCAAAGCUUAAGGCUGCGGGGUUUGAGGGAGCUUCGAUCGAGCCCACGCGCGUAUACACGCGCCAGGACGCCGAGGAGAUCGCGUCUGGUCGCACGCCAGAGGACGCCGAGGCCCAGCUCGUGGCCAUCGAUGGCGCCAUGAUGAGCGCGUUUAUCCGCGCGACCAAGCCCAAGGCGUAGUAAGAAUCGGCAAUCGUAGGCGUACGUGCUAUAAGUUGUACAGGAUCAUGAAGGAAU